AACGUAAUGGCGCGAAAAAUUGGGGGCAAGUAGCAGCAGUCUAAGGGUUUCAUGAUUCAAUCUCAUUCUGCAAUCCUUGGAAGAACAAGAAUGUCCAAUGAGAAUGAGAUCGGCGAAAUCCAGCUCCUGGUUUCUUCUGGCGACAAAUCCAGCAAGUGCUCCGGCUACUCAAGCCUCCUCCAUUUCCAGGAACAUUCCUCUCUCAAUCCCUCUUCCCUCCACUCCCUCUCACUCUCCUCUCACUCCAUCGUCUCUUCCCUAAUCUCCGACAUCUCCAACCACGACGAAGAAAUAGCUGCGCAAGCCUUGAAAUGCUUGGGCUUCAUGAUUUAUCAUCCUUCCAUUGUGUCCUCACUUCCACCGGAUGAUGUCAAUUUGGUAUUAGAGUCACUGUCCAAACUUAUUACAACCACUAAAUUAAAGUCUGCUUGUAAUUUAGGGGUAUGGUGUAUAUCUGUUCAACAGUUAGGAGAAUCGUUUCUUGCUACUCACUUCCAUUCUUUGUUACUAGCAAUUGUUCAUGCCUUGGACAACCCAAUGGGUUCUUUGUCAACAACAUUUGAAGCUACCCAGGCUGUAAUGAAGCUAUGUGGUCAACUAAGUAAACAAAUGAGAGACUCAUCCCAUAUAUGGGCUCCUCCAAUAUACAGAAGACUUCUCAGCACAGAUAAGAGGGAAAGGGAUGCCACGGAACGAUGUCUAUUGAAGGUCAAAACUUCAGUCAUUCCUCCUUCCUUGGAUCUCUCCAAGGUUCUUGUCAAAGAUAUGAAGUUAAAUUUGCUUAGUGGGAUGAAGAAAUUGUUAGAUAAGGGUAUGAAGAUUCAAGUUAUUCAAGCAUGGGGAUGGUUUAUCCGAAUGCUUGGAUCACAUGCUUUGAAGACUAGACAAUUAGUUAAUGACUCACUGAAAAUUCCUGAAUGUACAUUUACAGACCUUGACCCUCAAGUUCAGAUCGCUACACUGGUUGCUUGGGAAGGUCUUAUCGAUGCUCUUGUUCACUGCACAAUGUUAGAUCCCAAUAAAAAUACCCCAGCCAAGGAAAAUCAUCUUCAAAAACAACAUUCAUUAGAAAGGAACAAUUGUGAUGUCCAAGCAAAUGGUUUUUCCAAGAGCAUAAGACUAAUAAUGACCCCAUUGAAUGGCAUUAUGUCUAGUAAGUGUGAUAUAUCAGUCCACUCAUCAUGCUUGAAUACAUGGUGUUAUUUGCUUCAUAAGCUUGAAACUUCUAUCAACGAACCCUCAUUGAUAAAGAUGGUAUUGGAGCCUAUUUUAAAAGCAAUAUUUCAGAAUGGACCUGAUAGCAAGAGCAUCUGGUUGUGGGGGCUAGGCCUAGAUCUGCUCAGUGAUAGUAUCUCACAGAAGUGUAGGGAUGUCCUCUGCCAAUCAACUAACCAGUUCAGAGAUAGAAUCUCUGAAACUGGGCCUUCUCUAUCUGCCAAAUGCUCUUGGAAGCUUCACCCAAUUAGAUGGCUGCCAUGGGAUAUCAGUCAAUUGGAUUUUUAUCUUAGUAUGAUUUCUGUUCUCAUUUGUCAAGCAUCAAGACCAACAGUGACUUCUGAUCAUAGAAGUCUUGUUUAUGAUGCUGCCGCAAAGUUAUUUACAUCUGUUUUAAAAGGAGUCAAACAUGAUUUGGAAAGUACAUCUACCAAUUAUGAUGGUAUUAUGUUGUGCUUGAAAUCAAUAUUAACAUUCAUAAAAAAUGUAUGCGAGGAUUUAUGCACAGAUGGCACUGAAAAGCAUGAUCUGUACUGCAUUUCCAUUCGGUUUAUAGAAGUUGUCACAAAGGAAUUAGAUUCUUUGAUCUUGGGAUCUCCUCUCUACAAGUUUUCUUUAGACCUAAAGUACAUUGGUGGCACACAAUCAGGUGAUCACAAUGAACACCUAAAUUUUAGUGUCAGUCGUGUUUCUUAUAUGGAUAAGGUUUCUCCAAUGGUUUAUUUGAUAGCGGUUUACUUCCAUAUGCUGGACUGGUUAGCAAUGAAUUCUUCUCAAUUAGACUGCAAGCCACAAAGAAGCUCUGAAUAUUUUAAAUUCAUAUUUUCUUCAAGUGAUUCCCCAGACAAUCUACUUACUUUUGUUGGCUUCUUGUACAAAGAUGUUCGACCAAUUCACUUAAAAAUAUGGAUAACAUUGGCUGAAGGAUUGAAUGGCUGUGCACGUGAUCCAAACUGUAGGUCUCUACGGGUAGCCAUGUCUGAUAGUGCUGCUUAUUCGUCCAUAUGCCAUCUUUUAAUUUAUCCCAUUGUGGUACACACUGAAACUGCAAGAUUGACCUUGUCAAAUGCUGGUGCCUCUUCAGAGAAUUAUAAAGUAUUACUAGAAAAAAACCCAAUGCUUGACCUUGUUAUUCAAACAUGGAUAUCGCUUUACGAAUCUCUUAGUGCUUCAGGCUCCGGAUGUUCAACAACCACCAAUUUUUCUGGAGAUCUGUGCACAUUGUUAAGCAGGUGCCUUGAUGAUAGCAUUGAUAUGGCUGAGAGCGGCAUUGAACUUCAUUUGAAAUGCAAUGAUACUGAUCUUGGUAUCCUUCAUUUAUCUGGCAAUUUCAUGAUAUGCAUUCUUGACCACAUUCAGACUUCAGAAUUAGUUUCAGAAACAGAAAUAAGUAACACUGAACGUGAGAGCAAAAUUCUCUGUGGCAUAAAGAACUGCUUAAAACUUGCUGCUAGGUAUAUGAAUUUGUUGAUGAAAACGGUGGUGAUAGACCCACUGCCUGGUUUUGUUGGGACCUCAAGAGUGUCUUCUGCAUUAGCAAAUUUCGUUAGCCGCCUUCACAGGAAGCAAGAUAUUCUUCUUUUUCUGGAGAUUAUUUCCUGCCCACUACUUCAAUGGCUAUCAAAUAUGGUAAAUCAGGAUGAAACAACAAAUGAGCAACUCCAACAUCUGUGGACUGAAAUUUUAAGUUGUUUAAAAAGAAGUCAACCUCCAAUGAACUUUGGUUCCGCUUUACUCAGACUUCAUGAAACCUUGUUUGAAAAAACUCUUGAUCAUCCAUAUCCCUCCAUUUCAAAACCAACCAUCACAUUUUGGAAUUCCACGUUUGGUCAACAAGUUAUUCUGGAUUUCCCACCGAAUCUCCUCUCUGUCCUCGACAGACUAUCUAGGAAUGGGAAAUUAAAACUCCAGAAGAGAAGCCUACCACCUCUUCAAAAAUGUCGUUCCUCUAAGGAAGUCAGUGGCACUCUGCCAGGAUACUGGGUCACCGCAACACAUAAUAGGACAUCCAAGAGAAUUGAGUUAGUGCUGGACGCACAAAAAGAUGCAUCUCCUUUGAGUGUUAAAAAAAGGAGAUUAGAACUGACUGAGCAUCAAAAGGAAGUGAGGCGAGCGCAGCAAGGAAGGGAAAGGGAUAGUGGAGGACAUGGCCCUGGAAUUAGAACUUACACUAAUGCUGAUUUCUCUCAAGGGCUUGAUGAAUCACAAGAAAGCCAAGAAAUAAGAGACUCAGAAGCCAUACUGCAGAUGUUGAGGAAAACUAUUUAGUUACCUCAGAGUGCUGAACUGCAUUGGCACUAAAACAGUGGCUGUCCAAGAAUAAAUUGUCAACAUUUAUAUAAUUACACUCGCCGAUGAUUCAUAAUAAUCCAAGUACUCUAGAUUGGUCCACAGUUGCACACACCAGCGUCAUUUUCAAAGCCCCGCAGAGCAGACAGCUGCCGCCACCACUACAAGCACGUUGCUUUUCUGGUCGUUCCUCUGUUGCUUUUGUUCUGUUCCGCUGUCUAUUGUUAUGCCGUUCACUGCUCUUUCCUAACCAUGACCCUCGCUCUCUGGAAGCCCAUUUCGCCUUGCAAACUCUAGCGCUUAUAGACCAAGGUUAGUGUUUCUUUCAGAAUCUCAAUAGAAACUUAAUCAUAUCUCACCACCAUAUAUUUCUUCACUCUCUGUAAAUUAUACAAAACAAUAAAUUCCUUUUCCACUAGAUAUUUUUUCUGUCACUCUAAUUUCAUAUGGAAUUUCUCUAAUUCCAAAUUAAGGACAAUGUUGCUUGUUUAUUGUUUUGUUGUUUCCUCUCUUAGUUAUAGAAAAAUUGAAUUGAGAUGUUACACGACCAAACCAAAAAAGAACAAUAUUCUAAACAGAAACAUCAGUUAUUAAUAAAUCAAUUCCAAGAGAAUACUGUGUAUAAAGCAUCUCUUUUAAACUUUGCAACUGCUAUCUCUAUCUAGUAAAUACUAUAAGACAAUGAAGACAUACAAGAGACCGAGAACUGGUCCAAAAAACCAAGUAUUAGACACAAACUAAAAAAUUUUACACUAUGAAUAACUGAAUUUUGAAAUUAGUUGUAUGUUGAUUCAAUUUCAUGAUCAAUUAUCUAUGUUGAUUUCAUUACAUUUUUUUAUACUCUUGUUUGUUAUGAUUUUGAUACUGUUUUCCUCAAGCAUUUCUUAUAAUUUCUUAUUUAGCAAGGCUCUCAGGUUUGAUAAAUAUAAAAAAAGGUUGGAACCAUUAAUAUCAAGCACUAGUGGUGUGAAUAAGUAUAAACCAUUUCACAUUUCUAUUUGUAUAAUACCGAGUGAUGUUAUUUAUUAUACUUGUUGUCUUCUUAUACUUUUAUAUUUGUCUAAUUAAAUUUAAAAAAAAAGAGUUGACACUGAAAAAAGAAAUAAGCUGGCAUUAUUAAUAUUCUCCUUAUAUACAUAACAAGAUGAUUGAUAAUAAUAGUAGUCAAAAUCAAUUAGUUGUUUAAAAUUAUUUUGAAGUAGAAAAUGUUACCGAAAAAAAGUUAAAUGCAAAUAUUGUGGUAGCUUAAUACAAUAUAAAAAUGGAACCAACUUAACGAGUAGUCAUUUAAGAUGCAAGCAAAAUUCUAGCAACCAUCACAAAGUAGUAUUUCAAAUUGUUGGAAAAGAAUUACCAUUUUACUUUGUUGAAAGUAAAAAAUUUUGAAGAAUUUUGUAUACCAAAAGUAAGAUUCAAAGUUUCUUCGCGUACUUCAUUAACAUGUGAUAUUAAAGUUCUUAUGUUAAAGAAAAGAUGAAGUUACAAGAUUUUUUUUCGAUAAACUGUGUUAAAGUAUGUUUAACAACUGAGACUUGAAUUUCAAUUUAAAACUUUAUUUAUGAGUUUGACAACACACCUUGUAGAUUUGAAUUGGAAGUUACAUACAAAAAAUACUUUAUUUUUGCCAAGUGACAAGCUAUUUAAAAAAGGUCAUAGGAGUUACAAUUAAAACUUAAUUGGAAUUUAAAUCGGGUAGUUAGUGUGAUGUUGAUAAUGCAUCGUUUAAUGAUGUUGCAAUUAAAAUUCUAAAACAGAUUAAGUUCUUGGAAUAACAUUAUUUUGAAUGAUGAAUUUAUUUUCAUAAAAUGUUGUGCAUGUAUUUUAAAUUUAAUUGUAAAAGAAAGGUCAAAAUAGUCUAUGAGAAAAUCUGACAUUUUACCGCAUUAUGAAUCCUUAGUAUUGAUUCAUCAAUCUAAUUUAACUCUUCUUUUACAAUUAAAUUUAGAAUAUGUGUACAACAUCUUAUGUAAAUAAAUUCAUUAUUCAAAAGCUAUUUCAAGAACUUAAUCGUUGUUUCAGAUAUUUAAUUGUGACCUUAUUAGACGAUACAUUAUCAACGUCACACUAAAUACUGGAUUUAAAUUUCAAUUAUUCAAACAAGAUUCAAUUGUCACUUCUAUGAUCUCUCUUGAAUGGCUUAUGACUUGACAAAAAUGAAAUAUUUUUUUAUGCAAUUUCCAAUCCAAAUAUAUAAAGUGUGAUGUCAAUCUCAAGUAAGUAAAUUUUGAAUUGAAGUCCAAUGAUCAGUUAUUAAACAUACUCUACCAUAAUUUGUCGAGAGAAAAUCUUGCAAUUUCAUAUUUUUUUCAAUAUAAAAAGUUCCAAUGUCAUGUGUUAAUGUAGUUCGAGAAAAAAUUUUGAAUUUUACUUGUAGGACAUGCAUAAAUCUUCGAAAUUUCGGACUCUCAACAAAGUAAAAUGGUGUGAUCGUUAUUUUUCUUCUUUUGUUUGAAUCAUUGUCAAGAUUUUGCUUGCAUCUUUAAUUAUUAUCUAUUGAGCUGGUUCAAUUUCUAUAUUAUAUUAAGCUAUUGUAAUAUUUGCAUUUAACUUUUUUUUCAAUAGCAUUUUCUGUUUCAAAAUAAUUUUAAACUGACCAAUUUUUACAAAUAUUUGACGGUGAAAAAGAUGGUUGAGUACUAUUAUUAUCAAUCAUCUUAUUCUGCAUAUGAUAUAGAAAGAAUAUUAAUAACACCAACUUAUUUUUUUAGUGUGAACUCUAUAUUUUUAACUUAAGUAGACAAAUAUCAAACUAUAAGAAAACAAUAAGUAUAAUGCAUAAUAACACUCUUAGUACAAUGCAAAGUGAAAGAUAAUCAAACUAAAAAAUGUAAAAUGCUCUAAACUUAUCCACACCACUAGAUAUUAAGGAUUCUAUUUUUUUUUAUUUAUUAAACCUGCAUCACACUAUCCAAAUCAUGACACAAACAAGAAUAUAAAAAGAGUGAAAAUUCAGAUGUAGUUGUCUUUAUACAGGUGAAAAUUGUUAGAUAAUAAUUUUGACAAACAUGUCAAAUUAUCUAAUAGUUUUCAACUAAUAAAUGUAAUGAAAUAAAUGUAGAUAAUGCAUUAUAGAAUCAAAUCAGCAUAAACUAAUCACGGAAUUUAGCUAUCCAUAGCGUAAAAUACAUACAUAACAAUGAGAAGAAAAUUAAAAGAGCAACCUAGUCUAUCUGAAGUUGAAUCAAUUUUUAGAAAAUGAUGAAAUGCACAUUGGUGAGAUAUGAUUAUGACCUUGUAGUAGGGAUUCUUAUUGAGAUUCUGAAUGAGACACUAAUUUUGAUCUUUGAGAGCUAGAAUUUGUAAUGCAAAAAGAGCUUUCAGAGAACGGAGAAGAAUAGAGUUGGGUCACGACGAGGAAAGGCGGAUGGCAAAACAGCAGAUGGCGGAAUAGAGUGACGGCGCGGUGAUGAUCCAAAGAGACGUAUGCGACAGCAAUAAAAGCAAAAGCAGCGGAAGAACGACCAGAAAAGCAACGGGUUUGUGGUGGUGGUGGCAGCUGCAUGCUCCGGUGUUGGCUACGGCGGAGACCGUAAAAGUUGAAAAAAUGGCUGAGGUGUGAACCGACUCAGAUUAAAGUUUUUUUUUUUUUAUAUUUUGGAUCUGAAUCCAGAUCUGAAAUUAUUUAAAUAAUUUGAAUUUAAAAACCAAACUACAAAAAUAGAUACAAUUUGGUUUAGAUUUUUUUUAUUUAAAAUUAGUUUUUUUUUUUUCAAAUAAUUUAGUUUGCAAAGCCCUAUCCAUAAAUUCAUGUAAAAUUCAAACCCGGGAGUCUGGACUGAGACUCUAGACUUAUCCAUACUUUACAACAUUCUUCUCCUUUCUAUCAAUGUUACAAGACAAAAAGCAAGAAGAUACGUGUUUUUUCCCCCCUCAAAUUAACAAGUCAUAAGCAUAUGCAUUAAUAAUACAAAGAAGGUAUUACUUUGUAAGAAUUCUUUUUCUCCUAUUGACACCUUUUCUAGCAAACUUAGAUGUACGAGUUACCUUAAUAUCAUGAACAUUGCCUUUGUAAUCACAAUGUUCCAUUACAUUAUUGCCAUGAUGCUUUUUGCUUUUAUAACUACUAA